ACACGCGCGCGCACACGCACCCCUCCUUCUGCCAGACUCCCAGGCCAAGCAGCGUCGCCAUACGGAACAUCCUGCCCUCAUCGGAGAGAGGGGGAGGAGAGAGGGAGCCCGAGAGUAGAGAGAGAGAGAGAGAGGGAGAGAGAGAGGGAGGUCUGGCGUCUCGCGGUAGUAAAUCUAUCAGAAGCUCAAGUGAAGGAGACAGAGGACAGACCUGAAACCGGCAGCAGCUCGAGAAGCCUUGGAUUAAUAAACGCUCCACUAGAAAGACGGACGGCGGCGGGGACGCGCCGCGCGCACUGAAGUUGGGGCACGCUACCGAGACAACGACAGCAGCCGGAGCAGCUUCUGUGCCCUCCCGCCACCUCUCCCUCUCCCCGACCCCCCCUUCCUCCCUCCCUCCCUCCCUGAUCCCCGUGGAGGCACCGGGACGCCGUGCCCGCGCACCCCUGACCAUGAAGCUGCCUUGGCUAUGGGCGCUCGCGGCGCUGCUCGCCCACACGGCCACGGGACAGACCCCGCCUAUCGACGACGAGGGCUCAACGAGAGACGAGUUCUUCGACGAUGAGGACCUCUACUCGGGUUCCGGCUCUGGCUUUCCCGGGAUCGGUUCUAAGCCGACAUCGGCAGGUGUGUCCUUCACUACGGAAGAGCCCCUCCUCCUCUCCACCACGCAGGCCACCGGCCCCGCCCCCUCCGCCUCACCUGCAGCCGAGCCGAGCCCCAGCCCGGACGACCCCGCCGCCACCCUGCUGCCCCCCGAGGCCGACGGAGAGAGUGGUGUAUUCUGGGAAAGGGAGAUGGAGAAGGAGAAGGAGCGAGAGAGGGAGAUGGAGCGACAGAGAGAGUUAGAGAAGGAGAGACAGAGAGAGCAAGAGAGGGAGAGGGAGAAGCAGUUGGAGAGGGAGAGAGAGAGGGAGCGCGUCCGAGAGAUGGAGAGAGAGAAAGAGCGAGAGCGAGAGAGGGAGCGUGAGAGAGAAAGAGAGAGAGAGAGAGAGCGACAGAGAGAACGCGAACUGGAAAGAGAGAGAGAGCUGGAGCGAAUCAGGGCCGCCGCCCAGACCACCCCCGCCCCACGGCCCCCCGCGGUGACCACCGUCCCGCCGACCAGCCCUGCAGAGGCCGCGCUGCCCACUGCCGGUUGGGACGACUUGAGCACCACAGAAGAAGAAGAGGACGUCUACCUGCCACCUGAACCCUCACCCUUUUCCCCCGGCUCAGACAUGGAAACCACCACAGAGGAAGACAUGUCCGCCACAACAGAGACCACCCCCGAGCCCACGACAACCGCGCCAUCCACCACCGCCGCCACUGUCAAGACCAGGUGGCCCUUCAGGCCCAGGGUUCCCACGACAACAGCCACUCCGGCGGUGAAAACAGAGCGAACAACGCGUCCACAGCAGCCGACGGUUACACAGGAGGGUAACAAUGAGGCGGGAGCCGCCGAGCCAAGCGGAGACUUCGAGGUCCGCGAUGAUCGGCGAAAUGAUCUCGGUCGAGGUGGGAGGCCAGCGGAUCCCGAUCUGACCGGCAACACGGUGGACGGAGGAAGCUCCGCCGCCCAGCUGCCGCAGAAGAACAUCCUGGAGAGGAAGGAGGUCCUGAUAGCGGUCAUAGUGGGUGGAGUGGUGGGCGCCUUGUUCGCGGCCUUCCUGGUGAUGUUGCUGGUGUACCGGAUGAAGAAGAAGGAUGAGGGAAGCUACACACUGGAGGAACCCAAACAGGCCACCGUCACCUACCAGAAACCGGACAAGCAGGAGGAGUUUUACGCGUAACGCUCCCGAGAGACUGCCAGAGAGACACGCCGCCCGCCGUGGGAGAGAGAAAGAGCGAGAGAGAGAGAGAAAAGAGAAAGAUACUCUAAGCCCGCUAUACCUCGCCCUCCUCAUCCUCCUUUUUUUCUUCGUCGUUGUCUCCUCCUCUUCUGCUCGCCCCUCCUUCUCCUCCUCCUCCCUCUCUCCUCUCGUCUGCGAAACAGUCGAGAGCGCCUCUCUCUCUGCGGACUUGGAACUUUCUUUUCAAUGAAAACGAAAAAGAGGGAGAAAAAAAAAAUAAUCCAAAUAUAUUCUGAAAAAAUAACACAUACACAUGAGAUGUUUUUAAAGUGUUGUUAUUAAUAUUCUACAGAUUAUCUUGUUGUGUAUGUGAUGAUAUGAUUAUUUUGUAAGAAAAACAAAACAAAACACAAGCUCUUGACUGUGUUUUCUGGUACAAAAAAAUAGUUCCUCUUCCAUUUUUUAUGGAGCGAUUGAAAAGGCUAAAGCGAGAAGAGAGAGGAGAGGAGAGGGGCGAGCAGAGCGGGACACAAAAGAAAAAAUAGAGCGAUGGGCUCGACUCUGCACCCCCCUCUCCACCCCAAAAGACACACACAGAGCGUCUGGUUGGCCGCACAGAGCCAGAGGUCAAAGGUGAGAGGAAAGGUCUCUUUUGUGCCUUCCAUCCCUCUGGUGCUCAAAGACUCAUACGCACAUCCACACGGCCACACGAACACAUGCGCAUGCAUACACACACUCUCGCAUCUGCUUGAAGGUGGACCGCUCUCUCUGUGCUCGGCCAAUCAGAAAGCAGCGCUCGACCCUUGCUGCGUUUCACAAUGUUGAGGUUAAAGUUGUGUUUAAGCGGCCAAUCUGCUCCUCCAAGCUGUACAAAGACUAAUUUCCGGAUAGUAAUAACAACCAAUAAUAUAUCAAUGUUUUGGGCUGGAUGGUGAACAAUAAUAAUGAUACCGUAAUAAUAAUAAUAAUAAUAAUAAUGAUAAUAAUACUUAACCAGGAGGAUGUGUAUCUAGCAGGUUAAAAAAAAAGUUUAUAUGUAAAUAUCAGCAUAUCCUUUCUGGCGUCACUAAUCAUCUGCAUGAUCAUGAAGACUUUUUAUUCAUCACUUCCGUCAUCACCUUAGAUGAGCUGUGCUCUCGUCAGCCACAUGUACACACACACACUCGCACGCACCCAUACACACACUCGCACACCCUCACACGUGCAGAUAUGUAACUUGUUGUGCAUUUAGAUACACCACACAGACUUUCAGUGUACUGUUAAUCAUGUCAUUAAAAGACAUAUCAAGCCCACCAUCAUCAUCAUCAUCAUCGUCGUCAUUGUGUUAUGAACAAGAUCAGGUGGUUUCAAUACGUUAUUGAUUAGUUAUCGGUCAGUUGCCGGUUGGUUUCGAGUUUGGUCUGUUUGUGUAAAAGCACAACUUCAUGUCCAGUCAUCACGUCGUCCGACAAACCCUUCCACCACACCCCUCCACGCACCUUCAGCAUGCCUCACUUUCUUUUUCUUCCACCAUAGGCUCUCUGUUUGGGGAUGGGAGGGGCCUCUGGGAAGCACAGGGGGUGUUAAUGAAAUACCAGGAAGUGUAAAUCCUCACAGAAAGUUGCACACAGAUCUGCUAAUUCAGUCCAAAUCUUUCCUCAGCAAAGCAUUGGUUGUGAGAAGCAGAGGACUUUGAAUUAGGGCUCAUCGGGUCAACUUUAACCUGCUCAUUUGGGGAAGGGGACUUUGGGGGACUUUGGGGGGACAGGGGUUCGGUUUUUGGAAGGGGGAAUGUCAGGAGGGCUGUGCUUCUAUCUAAAAGAUUGUAACAAUAACCACACCAGUGUGACUGGGCUAGUAGCGUCUAUUAUACUCAGUACUGUAGAAUAUAAAUGCAUGGGAGUCAAAAAUAUACUAGUCUGGGUGUGUGUGGAUGCUCGCGCGUGUUUUUGUGCGAUUGAAUGCAAAGAGGGGACGAGUUAACGUUGGAAUGUACUGUGGUUGAGUGUGUGUUUACCGACUCCAGCAGUUCUCAUGCUCUUCCACAGACAGGUAACACACCUCCUCCACUCCUGUGUGUGUGUGUGUGUGUGUGUGUGUGUGUGUGUCGCCAGUGUGAGAAUAUACAUGUAUGUGUGUGCGUUUGUACGUGUGUGUCUACACUUCCAUCUAAACACGCCACCUGUGUGUGUGUGUGCGUGCGUGCGUGUGUGUGUGCGCGUCUAAGCUUUUCACCUUGGUAUUUCACAGCAGACCCGUGUGUACACUGAGCGGCCCGUCGACGUGCUCCUGAGUGUGUCUGCGAGUGUUUCCGUCAGCUCACCGCUGAGCGAGGGACAGCUGGUCCUCGCGGUGGCUUUCACACACACACUGACUGUGUCUUUUCACUGUCCGACUGUCUGCCUGUCUGUCUCCCUGCCGCAGCGCAGACGGGCAGACGACACGCCACUUUCUUCACAGGCAGGAAUGAUCUUAACACGUACUGUCUUUUUUAAAGUGACCGUCAAAGUAAACAUGUGUGUUUGUACCCAUUUAAGCCUGCGUAGCCAAAUAAGAUGUGUGUGUGUGUAUUAGAAAGAGGGUGAAUUUGUACGUAUGCGUGUGUGUGUGUGUGUGAAGCCCAACGGAGGCUACACUACUCUAUGUUUGCUGUUCCCAUUCCUGUUUUUAUACAUUUGCAUUUUUUUAAGGCUGAGUUUCUGUCAUUGGCUGAGUGAGCGAGAGGAGGAGGAUCCUCCACGCCACCGCCCUGUCACUAAUCUGCCACUCUGUUCCAAAUAAAAAACCUGGUUGGGUAAAUCUC